UCACCGACGGACAAUUCACCGAUUGGACAAUUCGCCGAUUGGACAAUAAGUCGACAUGCGGAAGUAUCGAUCAUGGAGUUCAUCAGAACGGAACGAGGAGGCAGAAAGCUUCUAUGCAAAGAGUAUACCUAUAUUAUUGAUAGAACCAGAAAAAGAAAAGACUUAUUGGACUUAUGCAAAUCGUAAACUGUGCAGCGCUAGACUGACAACGAUUGAGGAUGAAAUUAGCACAACUCCUUCUGAACACGUACAUCCACCUACGCCGAUUGAAAAUCACGCUGAAAAAGUUAAGGAAGAAAUAAAGCUUCUUGCUGGACGAACUGAACAAUUGCCGCGUUCUAUAGUUGAAGCCGUAGCUUCCGAUAUCUCCUUGAGCGUUGCUGGAUGUUUUCCGAAAUUGGAAUCUCUUAAAUGUAGAGUGCGACGGAAAAGACCAGUUAUUAAUGAGGAUGAAUUGUAUAAAACGCCAAGAGGUGAUAAUGUUUUACUAUAUAGAAAUGACGAGGUUUCUAUAUUUGGUACUGUGGAAAAUUUAGCAAUUGUAUGCGAUGUCUUUAUUUCUAUUUGUAAGACUAACAAAACUUUGUGUGCUUUUUUCAUAUGUUGA